AUGGGUUCAAUUGCUGAGCCCCUCCAUUACGACGUGAUCAUCGUCGGCGGUGGUUUCGGUGGCAUAUACACCUUGCAGAACUUGAGGAAAUUCAAGUUCAACUGCCACAUCUUUGAACGUGGCAACGGGCUCGGUGGAGCCUGGCACUGGAACUGCUACCCAGGGGCCCGCGUUGAUUCAAAUGUCCCAAUCUACCAGUUCACCUCCGACGACGUGUGGGACCAGUGGAACUGGUCAGAGCGGUACCCUGGCCAGAAGGAACUGAAGGCCUACUUCAACCAUCUCGACAAGACCUGGGACAUCAGCAAGGACACGACCUACAACGCCGAGGUCCGUGAAGCUCACUGGGAUGCCGAGCUCAGACUCUGGCGCGUCAGUUUCACCGACACCAUCAACAAUGUCACCACUGGGAUAGCCACCGCUCGGUUCCUGGUCUACUGCACCGGCCUCAACGCACAGGCGUGGAUGCCUGAUUUCAAAGGUGUGGAGAACUAUAGAGGCUUUUCAUGCCACACUUCCUUCUGGCCCCAGAACGGCCUGGACGUCAAAGGCAAGAGGAUGGGUGUCAUUGGCACAGGUGCCUCUGGCGUACAGGUUAUCCAAGAGCUUGGUCCUCAGGUGGACCACAUGACAGUCUUUCAACGAACUCCCAACACAGCAUUACCCAUGGACCAGGUGCCCUAUGAUAAAGAAUUCAACAACAUAAUCAAGGACAACUUAGAAGACACGUUCACCGCGAGUCGCAAGACCUGGUCAGGAUUUCUCUAUACAUGGACCGACAAAGAGACAAAAGAAGCCACGGCCGAGGAGAGAGAGGCGUUCUAUGAAGAAAAGUGGAAGAAGGGUGGGUUUGAAUUUUGGGUCGGCAACUAUAAAGACAUCGCGCUGGACCAAGAGGCCAACGACCUAGCUUACAAUUUUUGGCGGAAGAAGGUCCAUGCCAGAGUCAAGGAUCCGAAAAAGGCCGAGCUGCUAGCUCCCGAGAAGCAGUGGAACCCAUUCGGCACCAGAAGGCCUUGUUUGGAGACGACAUUCUACGAAGUGUUCAACCAAGACAACGUCGAUCUUGUCGAUGUGAGGAGCAAUCCGAUCCAGGAGAUCACGGAAAAGGGAGUCAGACUCGGCGACGGCACGGAGUAUGAAUUCGAUAUCCUGGUCUUCGCAACCGGCUUCAAUUCCAGUUCCGGAACCAUCACUAACAUUGACCAUCGCGGGACGGACAAGACCUUGACCAUCAAGGAUCGAUGGCAACAGGGCAUCUGGACCAACCUCGGCAUCGCCAGCUCUGGGUACCCCAACUGCUUCUACAUCUAUGGUCCGCAGUCGCCAUCUGGCCUGGCCAAUGCUCCAACCCUGAUUGAGCUUCAGGUCAAUUGGUUGGUGGACGUCUUGCGCCACAUGAGGCGUGAUGACCAGACGGUCAUUGAAGCAACUCGAGAAUCAGAGAAGGCAUGGAGAGAGGAAGUCCUUUCCAUUGGCAACAGCACCUUGUUUGCAAAGGCAGACGGGUGGUUCUUCGGAGCAAAUAUCCCAGGCAAGGCGAGAGAGCCGCUGAUGUUCAUGGCUGGGAUGCCAUCGUACAGGGAGAAAUUGCUUGCUUCCUCUCCUGCCAACGGCACUCUCCUAAGCCGUACCAGUGGUUUCGGGUACGACGUCUGGGAUCCAGCUCUCAUCAAGUGGCGCCAGUCGACCGGUACGACGAUCAAUGCGAAUUCCUUUUCCGUUGAAUCGUUGAAGAUACCAUUGAAACUUCAAUCCGGUGAAGAUUGGCUCUACGGUAUCGGCUUUGAUUGGGCCGGCCACGUUGUGCAGUGGCUGAACCAGUUAUAUUUGGAAGAAUACAUGCAGUCAAACAUCUUCAAGCCAUUGGGCAUGACGAGGACCACGAUUCACAUAGCCAGAGCACCACGAAAUCGAGCCAGCAAGAGCGAGUAUUGGUUUCUGCGCUCGGCCUUGUGA